UUUACCCGUUAACUUUAAAUUAGUUCUCAUCUCAUUAAACCUUAUCAGGGUUAUUAUAAAUACUGCACUCAUUGUAGAUUUUGGUCAUUUGAUAAGACGUUGUCGAGAAGACAGCGUUUGUAAUUAAAACAGUAUUAAUAUAUAUUAAUAGUUUGAUAUUUCUAGGUUUAGUGAAAAUGUGUGUAAAAUUAAGUGCUGUACUGUUCCAGACGGUGUUAUUGUUAAUUAUAAAUUUAAGCAACAUUUCAGAAGCUCAACAUCAUCGAUAUGCCAGAUAUUUUGCACAAAGGAACCACCGUGCUCUGCAGGUUCCGUCCCACUUCAAGGACACAGUGUCCCUGAAAGUGUACUACGAGAGCCAUUGCCCCGGCAGCGUGAAGUUCUUCAAGGAGCAACUGGCUCCGUCGCUGGAGCGACUGGGGCGGCAUCUGGACGUCCAUAUGAUACCGUAUGGACAUGCAAAGGUAUGUGGGUGGUAUAUUUGA